AUGGGUACCAGCUUCAUUGAUUGGCAUCCUCACAGCCAUUGUAUCGUUUCUCAUAUCGCCGAAGCUACCAUCAGCGACUACAAGCUUGGAUACAGCUCAUCGAGCUUUCUCAAGAAUAGAGAAUCAUGCUGUAUCAAGAAGAGCCCCCUGCCCGGGAUCAUGGACAACCAAAACAACACGACCAAGACCCAAGAUUCAAAGGGCGACCUAGGUCUCUCCACUGGCAAAUCUAUGUCCCUGGCAGCUGGAAGUGGGAUGCCAGAAAUAAAGACUAUCUUGUCCGGAUCCGUCAUUCCCCAUUUUCUGGAUUUUAAAGUCCUCCUGGUCAAAGCCGUUAGUGCGACACUCGCCGUUGCAACCGAAUGUGUGUUUAGCUCUGGCCUCAGCGUCGCCUUUGGUGCUCCAAUAGGUGGAGUUGUGUUUUCUUACGAGGAAAUUGGCACAUAUUCCCCUCGCAAGGUCCUAUGGCGUGCUUUCCUCUACUAUUUGUUUGCAGCAGUUGUACCCAAAGCUCUGAAUCCCAAUGAAACAGACAAGCUAGUUUUUUUUGUAACUUUUUUCAUCUUCUUCGACAUAGUAGGAGAGCUCUUCGGUGGCAUCUUUUGCAAAGCAAACUUACUCUGGUCUAAAACCUUCCGCAAAUACUCUAUCAGCAGAAACCCAAUCCUCGGACUCGCCCUUGUAGUCCUCGUCACAGCCCUCCUCCAAUACCCAGACCCCCUAACCCGCGCGAACCCGCGGACCCGGCGACGUCAUAAUCAAGAACCUCCUCGUCGACUGCCGGAAUCCUGA